UCCCAUUUGCCUUUGUCCAUCAUUUGCAGAGAGUGACGGAGAGUGUGCGACGAUGAGAGAGACUCGAGGACAUGCACAGUAACUCUAAAAUCAAACCCAAAAAAAUUCAACACCGAAACCUCAAGACCCAUUCGAUUAGGAUUAAGAAAAUUGACACAAAAAUCCUCCACAAUUGAGACCUAGAAUCAAAUGCUCACAAGAAUCCAUGGUCAACACAAGAAAACGCAACUAUAACCAAGAAUUAAAAACAAAAGGGAACAAUUUAUACCCUUGAAGAACCCAUUUUUCUGAAACUUCUCUCUCUCUAGCUCUCUGUCCCUCUGUCUCUGCUCAUUUUCUUCCUCCCUGAAACUCUCAGCCUAGCUCUCUCUCUCUUACCAUCCUCACGCCAUCUCUGUUUUCUCUCAAAUCCCACUCUCUCCCUGUAUCUCACUCUGCUUUGCCUUACGCCCAUCUCUGUUGCCAUCUUUGCUCCUUCACGAGCUCUCUCAGCUCCGUCCCUCUCCCUCUCUUUCUAGGUCUUCUCUCUAUCUCACUGCCUGUUCGUCUCUCCCUCGGCCCCAAAAUUUUCUCUCUUCUCUCCUUGCGUCUCUCUCUCAUCGUCUCACACUUUCCGUCACUCUCUGCAAAUGGACAAAGGCAAAUGGGAGCAGGUGAGAAAAGAGAAAGAGAACGAAGAAGAAAACAAAAGAAUGAGAAAAGAAAGAAUAAAAAAAACAAACAAACGUGGCCACGUCAGCUUGUGCAAUUCUGUUUGUAGAAAUGGUUGUAAAUCUAGCAUUUCUCUAAACAGAUUAUUUAGCUAGGAUGUUCCUAUAUAUGUAUACGAACACGCACAAAAUAAGGUAAGACUCCAACUAAUAUUAUACAUAUGGCUACACCUGAUGAUGAUCAACCACCUCUUUCUCCUCCGAUUCCCAAGUAUUUCCAAGAACCUGAAAUGACCCAAGAAUGCAGGGAUCUCAUAUACACUUUGCCUACACAACGAGGCUGGAUUCAUGAAACAAUCCAUCAAUAUCAAGGCUUUUGGCUUGAAACUUGGAUCAUGCAAGGAGUUGUAGCAUUCCAAAAACACUUCCAAGCUCAUGACACCGAUAUCCUCCUUGCCACCAAUCCCAAAGCCGGCACCACUUGGUUGAAGGCCCUCUCCUUCGGCUUACUGAACCGGGUGCGCUAUCCGGACAUUCAACAACACCCUCUCCUCACAAUCAAUCCUCACGUUCUUGUGACCAUCUUGGAGCACUUAUACAAUAAAAAAGAGGUUCCAGAUCUCACCUCCUUUACCUCUCCAAGGCUUUUCUCAACCCAUUUACCUUAUUCCCUGCUACCAAUAUCUGCAAAGAACUCCACUUGCAAGAUUGUGUGUUUGUGUAGGAACCCUAAGGACACUUUUGUGUCACGUUGGCAUUUCUUCAACAGGUUGAGACCAAUGAGUACAGGUGCCCUCUCACUUGAAGACGCUUUUGAUAUGUUUUGUAGGGGAUCGAGUGGAUUUGGCCCAUACUGGGAUCAUGUUUUGGGAUAUUGGAAAGAAAGCAUUGAAAAGCCAGAAAAAGUACUCUUCUUGAAGUAUGAGGAAAUGAAAGAGCAGCCAAUUGCCAAUUUGAGGAGGCUGGCUGACUUUUUGGGGUGCCCUUUUUCUCCGGAAGAAGAGGCAAAAGGUGUAGUGAAUGAUAUCUCAAGAUUAUGUAGUUUUGAUAAUUUGAGCAAGUUGGAGGUGAAUAAAAAUGAAAAAUCGUUUGGCGUAGAGAAUAAGGUAUUUUUUCGUCGAGGUGAAGUUGGAGACUGGAUGAAAUACUUGACAGCUGAGAUGAUAAAGAAAUUGGACCGCAUUACUGAAGAGAAGUUUCAUGGCACUGGGUUAAGAUUUUAGGUACGUAUUUAGGCGCUGCAUCAAAAUUAAUUUCUCUUAUUUAAGUAUAUAUUGUGUGUUGGCAUCUAAUCAACCUCCGAAUAAAUUUUUGUGUAUUCUUGAUUCGGUUGUCAACUAUAUGUUGACAUCUGAUCAAUCUUCAAUUACUUUUUUUAUUUGUGUUCUCUGUUUCGAUUGUCAAUGUGCAUGUAUAAUUAUGUUGACAUAUUAUCAACGUUCAAUAAAAUGUUAUUUGUAUUU